UUGUGUCAGUUGAUUCGUGUCCCAGUGAAAUGCAGUCGUAUUUUGCGUGGAUUCCUUUCUUCACCUUGUUCCUUGUCCACCAGGGUUUUUCCAGGUUGCUGGAGAACAAUUGUGGAUCUGCAGUUGGAGUUAGAAUUAUCGGUGGCAUCGAUGCAUCAGAAGAAGCUGCUGUCCAUAUGGCAGCGAUAUAUAAUAAAACACAAUUUCUUUGUGGUGGCACACUGAUUCAUAGGCACUAUGUUUUGACUGCGGCUCAUUGUUUGGAUCAUAAAGGCGAGCUUGUGGUUAAGUUGGGAGCACACAAAAAAAGUGAACCUUUGGUCGAGUACGCUGUUAGUGAUCUCAUAAAGCACCCAGGUUUUGACAAAUGGAGUUACCUGAAUGAUAUAGGCCUGCUUAAACUUUCAGCCAGUGUCAUCUACAAUCCCAGAAUUCAACCAAUCUGCAUUUAUUUAAAUAAGCUUUUUAAGAGUCAAGUAGAUGUCAUCCCCAAGUUUCAAGCCUUUGGCUGGGGUGUAACACGAAACCGAACUGAAAGCGAUAUUCUUCAAACUAUCACUCUUAACCGACUUGAUCCGAACCAGUGCAGAAAUCAAUUGCAUGAAACUCCGAGACCAACUCAGAUCUGCGCUGGUGUCCCAAAUGGAGACACCUGUCGUGGCGAUUCUGGCGGUCCAUUAACCCAAAAAGAUAAAAACAAUAUAACAUAUCAGUUCGGGAUCGUAAGCUACGGAAAGGAAGAUUGCGAUUCAUUAGGAGUGUAUACCGAUGUGACUAGCUAUGUGGAUUGGAUAGAGCAAACAAUUAAUAACUCUUCUGCUGAACACCAAAACCCCUCCACAAAAGUUCGCCCAGAGCAGCCUCGGAAUUUCAAUUCUCUUGUAACUUCGAAUAUUCCCGAAUUGAUGAACGACUACUGCGCUCAAGACUCAAUGAAAUCGAUCAUACGGCCAACCAUUUAUGGACCAGAUUUUAAGGCGCUUGGCGUGUUGAUCCAUGACCAAUUUGUCAUCACAGUUGCCACAGACAUGCCGGAAAACGCCGAUUCUUUAGAAGUGUCAGUCAUGGAAGCAACGAACUAUGAGGAAUAUAAAGUUUCAUUGGUGUUUAAGCACCCACUGUAUGAUUUAGCCCUGCUUAAGCUGAUGCAAUCAGUGGCCAGACAUGAACGGAUGAAACCCAUCUGUAUGCUUGCGAAAGAUGAAUACCAAGGAAUGGCCCAAAGAACUCCUCCUUUUGCCAUAUUUGACAACGAGCAAAAUAAAGAGUUAGUCGUUUAUCCUUCGGAUCCAAAAUUAUGCAAGCACUUUACCGGACUUGAGCUCAAUGAAUAUCAGAUUUGUGUGAAAACUCCCAUCGAAAUGAAUCAGAACCAGGAAAAAAUUGGAGACAUAUUGGUGACGCACAUGAAUUUUUAUGGUAGAAAAUGGAUCGUUUUGCUAGGUAUUGUCAGUUAUUCAUCAGAUGGCGCGAACGUUUUCACAAACGUAAUAGGACAUACAAAGUGGAUCUGGGAUAACGUGUACAAAAAUCAAAACUAAUGACCAACUUGUAAAUGUUUAUAUUAAUUAGUUUAAUUAGUUAGGCAUUUCCUUAGCUAAAAUUCAGUCGAUUACAAAGAGUAUGCGUUAUGAAAAAAAAAUAAAAUUAUAUUUUGAUCAGUCUA